UUUUCUAGGAGUGGACCAGUCUGGCUGGGAGUAAAGCCGCACGCACUCCUUCGCUCGUGGGGGAGGUGGGGUGAGGUGGCAAACCAGGCAGUUUUUCGGAUUUCCUCUACAAACAAGAAGGGAGAAGCUCACUUAGUCCUAGCGAGAGCGGGCUGGUACUUUUGUUCUAAAGCCCACGUUUCCUCGGGGAACAGAAUUGCUAGACGCAAUAGGUGCGUUGUCUUUAGUCUUCCCUGUUCCCUUCGAGGGCCGGAAGGGGUUAAAUCUCAGGCUCCGGCGUCUGGGGAGAAGGUGAGGCGGGUAGGUAAGAAGUGAAGGAGUGCAGACUGGGUGCAAAAGAGGUGUGGCGGGAGAGAGGUCGUUUCUCUCCUGCUGGAGCGGCUUUGUUAGCAAAGGAGGGGUGAGUGGGAAGUUUGUUGCACCUGACCGAGGGGGGAAGGGCUUGCUUGGCGAAAACUGAGGCUUGAGGUUAGAUCUCGGGAUGAACUUUUCAAGAGUCCACAGUAGAUUCCAGAGCUGAAUGUUUCAGAAGCCCAGUGAAGUGUGAUCACCUCUUUCUCCGUAAAUCCACACCCCCAGCCCCACGCCGCGUUACGGAUGACACCCUUCGUUAUAAUUAUUCAGUAUGUUCCCACUGACUGAGGAAAACAAGCAUGUGGCCCGGUUGUUGCUCAAUACUGGUACUUGUCCAAGAUGUAUCUUCAGAUUCUGUGGUGUGGAUUUUCAUGCACCUUACAAACUUCCACACAAGGAGUUGCUCAAUGAACUACAGAAAUUUCUGGAAACUGAAAAAGAUGAAUUAAUUUUGGAAGUUAUGAACCCACCUCCCAAGAAAAUUCGACUGCAAGAACUGGAAGAUAGUAUUGAUAAUCUAAGUCAAAAUGGAGAGGGAAGGAUCUCUGUUAGUCAAGUUGGAAGCACUGCUUCCAAGAACUCAAAUUUAAAUGUAUGUAAUAUAUGCCUAGGAAUUCUUCAAGAAUUCUGUGAGAAAGAUUUCAUUAAAAAGGUGUGCCAAAAGGUUGAGGCCUCUGGGUUUGAAUUCACCAGCUUGGUGUUUUCAGUCUCCUUCCCACCACAACUAUCUGUAAGAGAGCAUGCUGCAUGGUUGCUGGUAAAACAGGAAAUGGGAAAGCAGAGUCUGUCGCUGGGAAGAGAUGAUAUAGUUCAGCUAAAAGAAGCCUACAAAUGGAUAACUCACCCCCUGUUUUCAGAGGAACUGGGUGUUCCCAUUGAUGGAAAGAGCUUGUUUGAAGUGAGUGUGGUCUUUGCUCACCCAGAAACAGUUGAGGAUUGCCACUUCCUAGCUGCGAUAUGCCCAGAUUGUUUUAAGCCAGCCAAAAACAAACAGUCUGUAUUCACUAGAAUGGCAGUUAUGAAAGCCUUGAAUAAGAUAAAGGAAGAGGAUUUCCUUAAGCAGUUUCCUUGUCCUCCAAACUCACCAAAGGCUGUAUGCGCUGUUCUUGAAAUUGAAUGUGCUCAUGGUGCUGUUUUUGUGGCUGGGAGAUAUAAUAAAUACUCCAGGAAUCUACCACAAACUCCUUGGAUAAUUGAUGGAGAAAGGAAGCUGGAAUCUUCAGUGGAAGAAUUAAUUUCAGAUCAUCUGUUGGCAGUAUUUAAAGCAGAGAGUUUUAAUUUUUCAUCCUCUGGAAGAGAAGAUGUAGAUGUGAGAACAUUAGGAAAUGGAAGGCCCUUUGCAAUUGAGCUGGUGAAUCCUCAUAGAGUACAUUUCACUUCACAAGAAAUUAAGGAACUUCAGCAGAAAAUUAAUAACUCAUCUAACAAAAUCCAAGUACGUGACUUGCAGCUUGUCACAAGAGAGGCAAUAGGACAUAUGAAAGAAGGUGAAGAAGAAAAGACAAAGACCUACAGUGCCUUAAUUUGGACAAAUAAAGCGAUACAGAAGAAAGACAUUGAAUUCCUAAAUGACAUAAAGGACUUAAAGAUCGACCAGAAAACACCUUUGCGCGUCCUUCACCGAAGGCCCCUGGCUGUGCGAGCUCGCGUCAUUCACUCCAUGGAGACACAGUAUGUGGAUGAGCACCACUUCCGCCUCCACUUGAAAACUCAGGCUGGCACCUACAUUAAAGAGUUUGUACAUGGAGACUUUGGGAGAACCAAGCCAAACAUUGGGUCCCUGAUGAAUGUGACUGCAGACAUUCUUGAGCUGGAUGUUGAGUCUGUAGAUGUUGACUGGCCACCUGCUCUGGAUGACUAGCUGUCAAAUUUGGAGACAAAGAGUAUGGUUUUCCUGGCAUGAUGUGGACAUCCAUGGAGCACAUACCGUAAAAUGGCUGUUUACCCACCAUAACGGUGUCUUGAAAACUAUUUGGAUCAUGUUGAUCUAUAUAAUUGUUAAUUUGUUGUAACAUCUCAGGAUCUAUAUAUGUGUAUAUUUUGUGUUAAAUUGUUCCGAGGAUGUCUUAGGAUUUUUCUCAUUCCCUCUUUCACCCUCACAAACCAAACUAUGAAUAAUGAAAUAAUUCUCCUUAAUUCUUUCAUUUAGAGAGGUGCACAAACAGGACACAUUCUCUGUUAACCUAAGAAGCUGUAAUUUCAGCAAGAUUUCCCUCCACAAGAGAUAUGCCACCUUUAAAAUCAUGUUCUAAUUUUUUAAAAUUAUCUGAAUAAAAGUUAUAUCUAGAUUUAUGCAGCAUAAUAUCCUAUAAUAGUCUAAGAUUGCAAAUGCAAAUCUGACAUCAUUAUUUUUCCCAGGAAGCCUCAAACAAGCUAUUACCAAUGACGUUCUUUUGGCUGUGAUUUGUCAUAAAUCUUAACCAAACUAUGAAUAAUGAAAUAAUUCUCAUUAAUACUUUCAUUAAGAAAGAAUUUUGACAAUCUAAAAUUGUCAAUAUAGGUUUCCUGUGGAGGGAAAGUAAAACCGUAGGAGCCAAGGCAUGCCAUGGUAGGAGCCUUUCAUAAAUCUUUUAAAUAAGGAGAAACAAGUGCCUUUAAUAACUUCAAUCCCAGGGUUAAGAAUUUGAAAAAUUGAGAUUGCUAAACAAAGACGAACUAAUAUUAUUUCAGAAUGCUUCAAUAUAUUAUCCAAUUAUAAACAUUUUAAUAAUACCUUAUUAAAGUAGAUAGGAUAUUGUCUCCAUUUUAUAAAUAUGGAAACCAAAGACUAGAAGUUAAAUGACUUAUCCAAAAUUGUUAGCUACUUCUAUAUUGACGACUAGAACUGAAGUUUCUUGGUUUCUAGGGUCUUUCUAAUAAGCCCUAUUACUGAGCACCUGUUUGUGUGAAGGGGCAGCACCUGUUUGUGUGAAGGGGCAGCUAUGGAUGCCAUUUAAACUCAUGUAACUGAUAAUUAACUUUUGGAAUGUAGUUACCAAAUCAAAGAGCUUACCAAAAAAUAGCCCAAGACUAUUUAAUACAAUCUUAUAUAGUUACCAUUUGUUAUUAAGUUAAACCUCAGUUGGUAUUAUGAAGAGGAAAAACAUUAAGCUAAACCUAAAAAAAAUGAAUGGGUCAUUUAAGUUUCAGAAAGGAGCCUCAUUACAAUUUCAGAUUUGAGUAUAAUUUCCAUCACCCUAAUUCAACUAUUUGAGCUUUUUUUAAGAAUACAUGUGACUUGACUAGUAUUAGAUUACUCACCGUUUCCCAUCUCUAUAUUAAACAUAAAUCACAGAUACCAAGAUUCACUUUAGAUAUGAGGAAAAUGGUUUUAAUGGACACAAAGGAGUCAGCCACAUUGGAACCAACAUAGUUUCAUACCACGUUGAAACCAUGUGUUUGAUAUGCAAAUAACAGCAAAUAAUUUUUUCACUAUUGUCAAUGCCAAUGCAUUGAAAGGCCCAGAAAAUGAGAAAAGGAUAACAAACUUUUGAUAAAAAGGUAAGAAUUUCUGUGUGGAUGUUCCUCAGUUUCUGGGAAAAUUUUGCUACAAAAGAGAUUUAAACAAUUUAGGAGGCAGUCUUUUGCAUGGUAUUUUUGGCUUACCUUUGAAUCUAGUGGACCUGUAAUAUGUAAGAAUGAAGAAUGUGCUUAGCAAACUGAAAUGAGAAGACUUCUAUUUCUUAAAUUUCUAUUCCUGAGAUUAUAUAAAAUUUCACGCAAAGAGUAAGCAUUAGCUUUAAAUACUUCUUCCAAAUAUUCCUAGAAUUUUGAGACAAAGAUUGUUAAAAAUUAAUGUAUGUCUUUGUUUUAGGCAGAACUAGAAAUAUUAAGUAGUGAGAGUACUAUAGUUUCCCUUUUGCCUACAUAAAAGCAUUUUAAAAUUAGUUUUAUGAUUUCUUUGUAAGCUUUAUUUAAAUUCAAAGUCUUUUUCAUAACACUUAAGAGAAAGAGCCCUUUGUACUUCUUAGUAUCUUUGUCCCAAAUAUAGUCUGUGGUUUAUUUUAGGAAAAACAUCAACUCUGAAUACCUGGAAAAGUCAAGAGAAAAUAAAGUUGGUAAAAUGAAAAAUGUCCAAGUAAGAUAACCGGUUACAUUUGCAAGUUAUGUGAAGUAAAUUUAGAAGUUAAAUUUCCAUUUUGUAAGAGAAAAACAUCUUACUUGGCAAAUCUUUUCUUUUGGAGCUAAUUAUUCUUUGAUUUUUAAGUCCACAUAAGAGAAUGAACUUUGAUAUCAGCUUUUCUGAUUUUUUAACAAAGGCUACCCUUGUUUAUUAUGAAAAAUAUUACUUUUAUGAUUCUAUUUUGAAUUUUUAAAUUUUGAAAUAAUUCCAAACUUACAGGAAAAGUUAAAGGAAAAGUACAAAGAACCUUUUUCCCUGAACCAUGGAGCCAGUGCUGCCUCAUGAUCUUAAAGGCUUCAGUGUGUAAUUUCUACAAACAAGGACAUUCUUUUACUUAACCACAACACAGUGAUCAAAACCAGGAAAUUAACACUGAUAUAUUACCAUCUAACCCACAGACCCCGUUCAAGUUGCCAGUUGUCCCAUCAGUGUCCUUCAUAGUCAAGUGCUCACAUUGCAUUUUGUUACGUCUCUUUAGUCUCCACCACUCUUAAAAGUUUGUCUUUCUUGACUUUAAUUACUUUAACAUUUUUGAACACUUCAGGUCAGUUAUUUUGUGGACUGUUCCUCAAUUUGGGUUUGCCUGAUGUUUCCUUUUUAUUAGAUUCAGAUUGUACCUUUUUGGCAAGAACACCACAAAAGAGAGAUUGUCUUCUUGCAUCUUAUCAGGUGUCACACAGUUUUGAUUUGUCCAGUUGCUGGUUGGGGCUUUGGUCAAUUGAUUAGGUAUUAUCACUAGGCUUCUCCACUUUUAUGGUUAUUCUUUUUUCCCCUUGUAGUUAGUAAGUAUCUUGUAGAGAGAUCAUCCAACUUUCACUCACUAGUUUUAGCAUCCAUUGAAGAUGUUCACCUGAAUCAAUCAGUACCACAAUGAUUGCCAAAUACAGAUUUUCUAAUUCCAUCAUUCCUUUUACAUUUGUUGGUUGGCAUUACCCUAAAAGGUAGAGCUUUCCCUUCUCUCCAAUUUAUUCAUUGAUUUAUAUCAUGUGGACUUGUGGCUUAUUUUAUUUGAGAAGUUGAAAUUUGUUCGUUGGCAUUACCCUAAAAGGUAGAGCUUUCCCUUCUCUCCAAUUUAUUCAUUGAUUUAUAUCAUGUGGACUUGUGGCUUAUUUUAUUUGAGAAGUUGUAAUUUGUUCGUUUGGCCAGUGGCGGCCCCUUCAAGCUGGCUUCUGUGUCCUUUGGUAUGUCCCCAUCAUUCUUGGAGCAUGUUCUUACUUUCUAAUACAAAAAGACAUUCCAUGCUCAUCUUUGUAUUUCCUCUGCACUAACUCUGCAAGGGGCUUUUUCUCUAAGAUCUGGUCUCUUUUAGCAGAAAAUGGUAUUUAGAAACCAAGAUCUGGGCAGUAGGUAUGCUCAUUGUUUGGUGCCAUUGCUGUUCCCAAGCCCUCUCAUGGAACAGAGCUAGGGAACAAACAUGAAUGCAUGUGCAUGCACACACACACACACCCCACUCAUACACACACACCUAUACAUCUCUGUAUCUACACAUACUGAAAGCUGUAGGAGUUUAUACCAGUACUUCCAAUUCCAACCUUAUUCUAGUUUUCACCCUUUCCAAAUUUGUAAUUCUCUUCUCUGACUAUAAGAAAUCUGGCUCCUGCUCUUUCCCUGCGGCCACUGAGUUGUAUAGAGGCGGAGUCUCGGGUGCAUUCAAGAUUCGGCUUCACUCGUAACCCACUGCCAUGGCCGAGGAAGGCAGUGCUGCUGGAGGUGUAAUGGACAUUAAUACUGUUUUACAGGAGGUGCUGAAGACCGCCCUCAUCCAUGAUGGCCUAGCAUAUGAAAUUUGCAAAGCUGCCAAAGCCUCAGACAAGUGCCAAGCCCAUCUUUGUGUGCUGUGUGUGCUUGCAUCCAACUGUGAUGAGCCUAUGUAUGUCAAGUUGGUGGAGGCCCUUUGUGCUGAACACCAAAUCAACCUAAUUAAGGUUGAUGACCAGAAACUAGGGGAAUCGGUAGGCCUCUGUAAAACUGACAGAGAGGGGAAACCGUGUAAAGUGGUUGGUUGAAGUUGUAUAGUAGUUAAGAACUAUGGCAAGGAGUCUCAGGCCAAGGAUGUCAUUGAAGAGUACUUCAAAUGCAAGAAAUGAACAAGUAAAUCUUUGGCACACACACACACACACACAAAAGAAAGAAAAAAGAAAUUUGGCUCAGUCCUCCUCAAAAAUAACCAAUCUAUUGCUGCCUCAAUUCACAGUCCCCUCCCUGCUGCCCUCAGACAUUCUCCUCAGGCUCCACACUGCAGCCCUACACUAGGCCACUACCACUGCCCCCUGUGGUAACAUCUUCCUGCACUUUGUACAGAACAAGCAAAUGGCUUUUGUCCUGAAUUAUUCAGGAAGGGAGGGAGACAGGCGGGAAAGAAGUCAGGAAGGCAGAAAAUAAAAAUCUUUUGAUACCAUAGAAAUACAAAGGAUCAAAAGAGACUAUUAGGAACAAUUAUAUGCCAACAAAUCGGAUUACUCUAGAAGUGGACAGAUUUCCAGAUGCAUACAACCUACCAAGAAUGAAUCAUAAACAGAAAAUGUAAACAGGCCAAUAGCAAAUAAGGGUCACCAUUACUCUGAGGAGAGGCCAGUAGGUAGAGAAGCAGUAAAACUUUUAACUUGGAGCAAAACCAUACUCUAGGGAAACAUUAUUAGCAUCACCAGCAACAGCAGCAGCCAUGGCUGCUGCCAAUACCUGCAAAUGGGAAAAAGGCCAGCAGCCAAAAUGAAGGCUUGACUAUUGACCUGAAGCAUUUUAAGGAAACCAGGAAAGAAGCCCUUCACCAAACGAGGCCAAAUAUUUCUUUGUGGGCAGUGUUCCUUCUGACAUCACUGAGGAGGAAAUGAGGAAACUGUGAGAAAUAUGGGAAGGCAAUUUCACAGAGAGUUUAAAUAAAUUAACAAAAGGGAAAAAUGAAAAAAUUAAAAACAACAACAAAAAAGAAAUAUGGGAAGGCAGGUGAGGUCUUCAUAAGGAUGAAGGCUUUGGCUUUAUGCACUUGGAAGCACGAACCCUAGUGGAGAUUGCCAAAGUGGGUCUGGACAGUAUGCAGCUGUGUGCACUCUGCCUGCCAUAGUGCAUCCCUUACAGUCUGAAACCUUCUAACAAACUUUUGGAAGAAGACUUUUCUUUGGCCAGGUGGAGAGGGCUGUAGUCAUUGUGGAUGAUCAAGGAAGGCCCUUAGGGAAAGGCAUUGUUGAGUUCUCAGGACAGCCAGUUGCUCAGAAAGCUCAGGACAGAUGCAGUGAGGGCUUCUUCCUGUUAACCACGUUUCCUCAUUCUGUUACUGUGUAGCCCAUAGGCUAAUUAGGUGACAAAGAAGGACUUCCAGAGAAGCUGGUUGUAAAGAACCAGCAAUUUCACAAGGAGUGAGAACAGCCACCCCAGUGUGCACAGCAUGGCUUUUGAAUAUAAGUAUGCCAUGCACUGGAGGGUACUCACUGAGAUGGAGAAGCAGCAGCAGGAUGAAGUGGACUGCAAUAUCAAGGAGGCUCAUGAGAAGCUGGAGAUGGAGAUGGAGGUUGCUCGCCUUCAUCAAUGCCAGGUCAUGCUAAUGAGGCAGGAUUUGAUGAGGUGUCAAGAAGAGCUGUGGAGGAUGGAAAAGCUGAACAACCAAGAGAUGCAAAAACGACGGCAACUGGAGCCCAUGCGAGAGGAGUGCAGGCACUAGGAGGAAGCAAUGCACUGGUAAUGGCAGGAAAGAUUCACUGGAACCUUCUCUGAUAUGAGACAGCAGGAGAUACAGAUGGGCCAGAUGGCUAUGGGAGGUGCUAUAGGCAUAACGGAGGCUCCAUGCCCCCUGCUUCUAUGCCAGCUGGCAGCCCAGCUCCUCCAGAACCUGAACCUAUGAUGCUAGAUUGACCCCACCAACAACGCAAUGCUUUGGCCAAGCUGCUGCAACGGAAGGAAUUGGGGCAACUGGCGGAACUCCUCCUGCAUUGAAUUGUGCAACUCCUGGAGCUGAAUUUACUCCAAACACAUGUUGCUGAUACUAAUAAAGCUGCAGUGUCUAGUUUCUCAAAACCUUUAAAAGGGCCCUUUUUGAACUAGCCAGAAUUCUACCCUAGAAAAAUGUUAAGAGAUUCCUCCCAAUAGUUAGGUCUACCCUACCUAUACUACUGUAGGGAGUAUUUUGGAGGAAGAGGGCAAGGGAGGAGUGGUAUUUAACAAACCGGUUCUGUGUGGUAUAUUGUUUAACUGAUCAGUUCUCUGUGGUGCAUUACUGAGGUCUCAAAUGUGACUGUUGAAGACCUGGGGGAACCACAGUGAAAUGAAUCCAGUUAGAGACCCAUUAAUCUUGAUAGUUCUUUUUUUCUCCAUCCUGUUUCAUUUGCUUUCUUAUCCAUACACUCCCCAACCCCAGAGACACUGCCAUAUACACCACAAAACACAACCUCCUCCAAUGACCUUUGCCCCACUGCUCCAUUCACUCCCAGGUGAGAAUUCAGGCAAAUGUCCACAGAGGUCACAAACGAUGUACGUAUAGUUCUUUUAUAUCCAAUAUAUUAUCCCUUCACGUCCUAAGGAAGACAUUUUCUCUUAGAGACUUUCAUUUCAGUAUAUCUUUUUAAAAAAUCUUGUGUUAACUUGCCUCAAACUUUUUCUUGGAUAAAGACAACCAGGAAUGGCCGUUUUGUGUCUAUGAUGUUGCUGUUCACAACUUUUCUUGAUAGGUCUAGUACAAUCUUGGAAACAGAGUUGCUGUAUGCUGAAGGUCUGAGAGUAGCUCUUAGCCUUGCCUAUCUUAGGUAGUAGUUAUGCUGUGCAUAUUUAAUUGAUGUACUAUGUUUGAUUUGUUGCUGAUACUUCAAAUUUAAAGUUUUUCUGAGAAAUGGAGCAGCAAUGCAGCAUCAACUUGUUAAAUUACACGUUAAGCCUUGAAAAAAAAAAGGAGAUCACAUCAGUAAUCCCAGCACAUUGGGAGGCCGAGGCAGGCAGAUCACGAGGUCAAGAGAUCGAAACCAUCCUGGCCAACAUGUUGAAACCCCGUCUCUACUAAAAAUACAAAAAUUAGCUGGGCAUUGUGGCACGUGCCUGUAGUCCCAGCUACUCGGGAGGCUGAGGCAACAGAAUCACUUGAACCCAGAAGACAGAGGUUGCAGUGAGCCGAGAUCGCGCCACUGCACUCCAGCCUGGUGAGAGUGCGAGACUCAGUCUCAAAAAAAAAAAAAAAAAAAAAAAAUUCCCUCAUCAAAGAAAAGACCAGAACCAGACGGCUUCACUGCUGAAUGCUAUCGAACAUUUAAAGAACUACGGCCAGACACAGUGGCUCACAUCUGUAAUCCCAGCACUUUGGGAGGUUUAGGUGGGAGGAUUGCUUAAGUGCAGGAGUUCGAGACCAGCCUGGGCAACAUAGGGAUAACCUGUCUCUACAAAAAAUAAAAAAUUAGCUGGGUGUGGUGAUGCAUGUCGGCAGUCCAAACUACUCGGGAGGCUAAGGUGGCAGAAUUAAUUCAGCCCAGGCGGUGAAGGCUGCAGUGAGCCGUGAUAGUGCCACUGCACUCCAGCCUGGGCAACAGGGCAAGACCCCCAUCUCAAAAAAAGAAGAAAAACUAAUACCAGCCCUUCUCAAACGCUUCCAAAAAAUUGAAGAGGAAGGAAUGCUUCCAAACUCAUUUUACAAGGCCAGCAUUACCCUGACACCAAAGCCAGACAAAGACACUAUUAAAGAAGAAAACUUGUCAAUUAGACUGUGGCAGAUAUGGAAAAAAAAAAAAAAAGAAAGAAAAGAAAAAGCAAAAAGAAAGCUACAGGCCAAUAUUUCUGAUGACCAUAGAUGCAAAAAUUCUUUUUUCUUUUUUUCUUUUUUUUUUUUUUUUGAGACAGGGUCUCCCUCUGUUACCCAGGAUGGAGUGCAGUGGUACAAUCAUGGCUCACUGCACCUUGACCUUUCAGACUCAGGUGAUCCUUCCACCCCUGGGACUUCAGGUGCACACCAUCAUGCCCAGCUAAUUAAAAAUAUAUAUAUAUUUAUAUAGGCAGGGUCCCAUUAUGUUGCCCAGGCUGGUCUCGAACUCCUGGGUCAAACCAUCCUCAGGCCUUGACCUCCUGAAGUGCUGGGAUUACAAGCGUGAGCCACGGUGCCUGGUCAAGAUGCAAAAAUUUUCAACAAAAUACUAAUAAACAAAUUCAACAGCACACUGAAAAGAUUAAUCACCAUGACCAAGUGAGAUUUAUGUCAGGGAUUCACAGAUGGUUCAACAUAUGCCAAUCUAUAAAUAUAAUACACCACAUUAACAGAAUGAAGGACAAAAACCACAUGAUCAAGCAUUUGACAAAAUUUAACAUCCUUUCAUGAUAAAGCUCUCAAUGAAUUAGGAGUAGAAGGAGUGUACUUCAAAAGUAAAGG